GCCAAUGUCAAACGUUGAACCACCUGAAAUCAAACAAGAAUUUGCUGAACCAAAACAAGAACCCUUUGAAGAGAGACGAGGUGAGAAGCGGCAAUCAUCCAGUGAGCCAGGGCCCCCAGAUUCCAAGAGAUAUCGUCCUGAAAGUACUGAUAAACAUACAGACGAUGACCCUGAUUAUGAUAAAGAGGCAGUGAUUCUUGACUGGUACAACAGUGACUUGAGUUUGAUCAUAGAUAAAGAGACCUUCUUGAGUGCAACACCUAUGACUUCAGAUGGUUUUGCUUAUGUAUGGCAUGGAGUUCGUGCUAGAUAUGGCUUCCUGCGUGGUCGCUUAUUCUAUGAGGUUAAGGUAGAGGAUCACUUGGCAGUUCCCCACCUCGAAGAAGAACAACAUCCCCAUGUUCUACGAUGUGGGUGGUCCAUUGAUGAUGCCGGAAUGACGCUUGGAGAGGAGCCCUUCAGCUAUGGUUAUGGUGGAACAGCAAAGGCAUCCACCGACUUGAAAUUCAAAGAUUAUGGACGACCCUUUGGAAAAGGUGAUGUCAUAGGCUGCUUUUUAGACAUGGAUGCUGAGCCCAUCACCAUGUCGUUCAGCGUGAAUGGGAGGAAUUUUGGGAAGUGCUAUGAAGUGUCUCAUCGUAGCCUACAGGGAAAAGCUUUGUUUCCUCACAUCUUGACCAAGAAUUGUACCUUCAAGGUGAACUUUGGCUCAGAAUAUCCAUGGUUCCAGCCCAUGGCAAGAUAUACAUUUGUUGAUCAGAUCCCUCUGGAGGAGAGGGUGUUGGGUUCACAGGGGCCUCAGACACGACAGGAUUCUGAGGUUAUCAUGAUGGUAGGCCUUCCGGCUUGUGGAAAGACCACUUGGGUUGAGAAAUACUGUAAAGAGCACCCUGAGAAGAAGUUUUAUGUUUUGGGAACCAAUUUCCUCAUUGACAAGAUGAAAGUGAAUGGUCUCACAAGGAAACGCAACUACCACGGCAGAUGGGACGCCCUCAUUGAGAAGUGCACGAAGUGCCUCAACAAACUUUUGGAGAUGUCUUACAAACGGAAACGGAACUUCAUCAUUGAUCAGACAAAUGUAUAUCCCUCAGCACGCAGGCGUAAAAUGAAAGGAUUCCCAGGAUUUUAUCGCCGAGCCGUGGUCCUCGUUCCAGAUGAUGCCGAGUUCCAGAGGCGUACUGAGAAGCAAAUUAGACAGGAGGGUAAAAAUGUUCCUGACUCUGCUGUAUUGGAAAUGAAAGCUAACUUCACAAUACCAGAGGUGGAUGAUGAAAUAUUCGAUGCUGUGGACUUCGUAGAGUUGAAUGCUGAAGAAGCUGCCAAAUUGGUUGAACAGUACAACCAAGAGGCACAAAGGGCAGGUUAUGUCAAGAAGCCUGUGAGAGGUGGUCGUGGUGGUGGUGGCAAUUUCCGUGGCGGAUGGAACAGAGAUCGAAAUUCCAGUAGUAAUCGGGGUGGUUAUAACAGAGAUAACUUUGGUGGGAAUAGCAGGGACUCAAACAGUGACCAAAGCAGUGAAAAUUCACGGGGUGGCUUUGGACGUGAGAGUAGAGGUGGCUUUGCCCGUGGCAGUGAGGGAGGACGUGGUGGUUUUGGGAACAGAGGUGGAUUCAACCGUGGCGAUAAUGGUGGUGGGUUCGGUCGAGGGAGUGAGAGUCGGUUUGACCGAGGCGAGAGUAGAUUUGAUCGGGGUGGUGAAAGUAGAUUUGACCGUGGUGGGGACAACAGUCGAUCAAGGUUUGACCAAGGGGGCGAUAAUAGUCGGGGUGAUGGUAAUGUGGGUGGAUUUGACAGGAGCAGUGAUGAUGGAGGUCGUGGAGGGUUUGGCAGAGGUACUGACAGUAACAGAGGGGGAUUUGGCCGUGGAGGAGACAGUAAUCGAGGAGGAUUUGGUCGUGGAGGUUUUGGGAACAGGGAUGGCCCUGGAGGGUAUGGUAUGGACAGAGAUAAUCAGGGAUACAGAAAUAAUAAUGAAAGUUACCAAAGAGAUAAUGAAUUGGGUGGUUCAAGAGGUUUUGAUGGAGAUCGGAGCUCAGGUAAUAGAGACUUUGACAGAAGUAAUGAUAACCGAGGAAGGUAUGGUCAAAACAACUUUGGUAGAAACAGAGACUCAUUUAGAAGUUUUGAUAAAGAUAAUCGGGGUGGAGAUAAUUAUAGUUCAGGAGGGUUUGGGCAGAGUAAUUUUGGUGGCAACAGAGAUAUGACGAGAGGACUUGAUAUGGACAGGGGUAAUAGAGAUUUUAGCAGAGGCGGUGGUGAUAGUGGUCGUGGUAGUUACAGCAGAGAUAAUUUUGGUGGUAGUAGCAGGGAUAACAACAGAGGGUUUGGCUUUGAUAAUGGCGACCGAAGUGAAAUGAGAGGUAGUUUCAGUAGAGAUACGCAGAGAGGUAUGGAUCGUGAUUAUAAUCGUGGGGGUAGUGAUAACUUUGGCGGUAAUUUUGGCAGCAGCAACAGAAGCUACAGCAUGGACCGAGAACGAGAUUCCCGUAGUGAGAGCAGCAGCAGCCUUGGAGGAGGUUAUAGUCGUGACAGCUUCGGUGGCAGCAAUAGAGGAUUUGGCAACCAUGACAACUUGAGCAACUUGAGAAGUAUGGGUAAUCAGGGAGGUGGAGGUGGGAGCAGUGGUUAUGGGAACUUCGACCAGAGUGAUCGCUCAAGUGGAUACAGCAGUUUAAGCAGCAGUAGUGGAAGUCUCUCCUCUGCUGGCGGACCAAGUCAGGGCAGUGGAUGGAAUUCAUAUAACCAACAGCAAUACUGGGGACAAAAUGAUGGCGGAUAUGGUAAUCAGCAGAUGUCUGGACCAAAUCAACAGUCGUACGGGAGACCAUUUGACCAGGGUAAUACACCUGGUGGGGAAGGUGGAGGAGGAGGAGUAGGAGGAGGAGGAGGAGGAGGAGGAGGAUGGGGCCAGCAGAGUGGAGGUGGAAACCUCGGGGGAUCAGGGCCCGGGGGCCAGCCAUGGAAUUAUGGAUCCAACUACCGUGGACAAAGGCCAUAAAAGCCUCUUAGCUGUAGGAAAUGAAAUUUUGUAUUUUCUGAGGUUCAGUAUUGUGGUUAUAAGAGAUCAUGUGUCUUGCUUUAAUCCAGGCCAGAUUUUCUUUAUACACUGUACUACAUCAGCUUCAUCUAUCAUAGAUGUGGCUCUGUUGAUUUUUUUUUUUUUUUUUUCUUUUGUUAUUUGAUAGCUGCAGAUUGACAGCUAU